AGCAUUGUCACUGUGUAACUUUCGUCGUGGGUGGUUGUGUGAUGAAUUCGUGAAACGUACUAUCACAAAUGUGUAUUUGAACAAAAGUUACUUACAUGAUUUGCUGAAAGCAUUUUCAUGGUAAUUUCGGAAAUAUCCACUGCCGAUAUCACUAGUAAUAAGUGAAUUUUAAUGUGUUUACGUACAAAACAGUCUACAGCGUUAUUUGAAGAAAAUGUUAUUGUGUGCUAAGUUUCAUAAUGGCGGCCCGUCGCGUCCCCCGCGCCUCCAUUUCGUUGACAGUCAAAUUAUGACAAUGCCAAUACGGAAAGUUUAGAAAUGUUGUGUUUUUGUAAAUAUUUUAGUGAAAGUUACUAGUUUUAUAGUUUAUAAGGACUCAACAUGAAUACGGAGCAUCACAAUAUCAACACGGGUGGCGGCCAGCCCCCAGGAAAUUCAGAGCAGCAGCAGCAGACGGUGAAUUUGACCCCUACGACGUCCGCUACCGACCUGCGAGUGAACUCUGCCGCAGUAAACGUCGCUUUGUCUAGCGUCGCGAAGUACUGGGUGUUUACAAAUCUCUUCCCGGGACCGAUACCGCAAGUGUCGGUGUACGGUUUGCCCACGGGUACGAGGAUAGAAAAUGGGAAACCAGUGCAGGACCUUGGUCAAGCCCAUGCAAGCAUACUCAAUGGAGAUCCCAACAUUAUACUUGGCCAUCCAGGACAGACCCAAGUUACUGUCUCCGCUGCACAACAGUUACCACAGAUCAUUGCCACUCAGACACAAACACAUGAUGCCCUAGCCCAUGCUCAGCAACAAGAGCUGUCCCAGCAGCAGGCCACUGGUCAGGUCACAACUAACUCGGGUCAAACCCACCAGCAGGGGCAUCACUCGCAGCAACACAUAAUGCAGCAGCAGCUAAUGGCAGCAACGAGGCCAGAACACUCCAACCAGCAGAUCCAGCUAACAGUGAGCGAAGACGGCAUCGUCACCGUAGUAGACCCGGGCGGAGGCAAGCUCGUGGACAAGGAGGAGCUGCAUGAGGCUAUCAAGAUGCCGUCAGACCAGCACACACUCACUGUGCACCAGCUCCAGCAGAUUGUGGGGCAACAGGUGUUAGAGAACGUAGUCCGCAUCGAGCAAGCUACCGGCGAGCCAGCCAACAUUCUCGUCACGCAGAACCCCGACGGCACCACGUCCAUAGAAGCCAGUGCCGCGGACCCCCUGUCCAUAGUCAAAGAUGAAAAGUGCGGCUCCAAGAUAGAGACUGCCCACUUCGCGCUGCCAGCUGAGAUAAAGGACCUUAAGAGCAUUGAUUUAAAGAGUGUGGGCGCGAUGGGUAUGGAAGGAGCCGUCGUGAAGAUAUCGGCGGGCGCGGCGGACCACGACAUGCACGCCAUGUACAAGGUCAACGUCGAGGACCUCUCCCAGCUGCUCGCUUACCACGAGGUCUUCGGCAAACUUAACGCUGACGGACAGCCCCAAGCCAAAGUAAUUAGUGAAGUGGAAGUAGAAGCGGGAACUAGCGCCGCCAUGUCCGCCGAGGAGAACUCGCCUGGACAUCAUGCCUGUGAUAUUUGUGGGAAGAUAUUCCAGUUCCGAUAUCAACUCAUUGUUCACAGACGAUAUCAUGGCGAAAGAAAACCAUUCACUUGUCAAGUAUGUGGAUCGGCUUUUGCUAAUCCCGUGGAGCUGUCAAGGCACGGGAAAUGCCAUCUUGACGUCGUUACAGCAGGUGACUCGGCGGAGCGGACCGCCAAGCGGCUGACGCAGGACAAGCCGUACGCGUGCACCACGUGCCACAAGACCUUCGCGCGCAAGGAGCACCUCGACAACCACGUGCGCAGCCACACGGGGGAGACGCCCUACAGAUGUCAAUUCUGCGCAAAGACUUUCACCCGGAAAGAGCAUAUGGUGAACCACGUUCGCAAACACACGGGGGAGACUCCUCACCGGUGCGACAUCUGCAAGAAGAGCUUCACGAGGAAGGAGCACUUUAUGAACCACGUCAUGUGGCAUACGGGUGAAACUCCACACCAUUGUCAAAUAUGCGGCAAGAAGUAUACUAGGAAGGAGCACUUAGCAAACCAUAUGAGAUCACAUACGAACGAUACCCCGUUCCGCUGCGAACUCUGUGGGAAGUCUUUCACAAGAAAGGAACACUUCACCAAUCACAUACUGUGGCAUACCGGCGAAACCCCCCACCGCUGCGACUUUUGCUCGAAAACAUUCACCCGCAAGGAGCAUUUACUGAACCACGUCCGGCAGCACACGGGCGAGUCUCCGCACCGCUGCAACUACUGCUCCAAGUCCUUCACGCGGCGGGAGCAUCUGGUCAACCACGUGCGCCAACACACCGGAGAAACGCCCUUCCAGUGCGGAUACUGUCCCAAGGCCUUCACGAGGAAGGAUCACCUAGUAAACCACGUGCGACAGCACACCGGCGAGUCCCCUCACAAGUGCUCAUUCUGCACCAAGUCGUUCACGCGCAAGGAGCACCUCACCAACCACGUGCGCCAGCACACGGGCGAGUCGCCGCACCGCUGCACCUACUGCGCCAAGUCCUUCACCAGGAAGGAGCAUCUCAACAACCACGUCAGACAGCACACGGGGGAAACUCCGCACAAGUGCACGUUCUGCCCGAAGGCGUACUCGCGCAAGGAGCACCUCAACAACCACAUCCGCCAGCACACCGGCGACGCGCCGCACUCCUGCACCUACUGCAACAAGAGCUUCUCCAGGAAGGAGCAUCUUGUCAAUCAUGUCCGGCAACAUACGGGCGAGACUCCGUUCAAGUGCACGUACUGCUCGAAGUCGUUCUCCCGCAAGGAGCACCUCACGAACCACGUGCACCUCCACACCGGCGAGACGCCGCACAAGUGCCCCUUCUGCACCAAGACCUUCAGCCGCAAGGAGCAUCUCACCAACCAUGUCAGGAUACACACGGGCGAGUCCCCUCACCGCUGCGAGUUCUGCCACAAGACGUUCACGCGCAAGGAGCACCUCACCAACCACCUCAAGCAGCACACGGGCGACACGCCGCACUCCUGCAAGGUGUGCUCCAAGGCCUUCACUCGCAAGGAACAUCUGGUGGCUCAUAUGAGAUCACACAGCUGUGGCGAGCGGCCGUUCAGCUGCGGCGAGUGCGGCAAGUCGUUCCCUCUGAAGGGCAACCUGCUGUUCCACGAGCGCUCCCACAACAAGAACGGCAACGGCGCCAGGCCCUUCCGGUGCGACGUCUGCUCCAAGGACUUCAUGUGCAAAGGUCAUCUGUCAUCGCACCGGCGCACGCACACGGGAGCGGCGGCGGGCGAGGCGGCGGACGGCGCGGCCGAGCCCGCUGCGGACUGCGGCGACUGCGGCGUCAAGUGCGAGAAGGACGCGCCCGAGCCCGAGCGCGAGCACGAGCCCAGGUACCUAUACCUGCUCUGUACACACCGCACGAGGCGGCGGACGGCGCGGCCGAGCCCGCUGCGGACUGCGGCGACUGCGGCGUCAAGUGCGAGAAGGACGCGCCCGAGCCCGAGCGCGAGCACGAGCCCAGGUACCUAUACCUGCUCUGUACACACCGCACGAGGCGGCGGACGGCGCGGCCGAGCCCGCUGCGGACUGCGGCGACUGCGGCGUCAAGUGCGAGAAGGACGCGCCCGAGCCCGAGCGCGAGCACGAGCCCAGGUACCUAUACCUGCUCUGUACACACCGCACGAGGCGGCGGACGGCGCGGCCGAGCCCGCUGCGGACUGCGGCGACUGCGGCGUCAAGUGCGAGAAGGACGCGCCCGAGCCCGAGCGCGAGCACGAGCCCAGGUACCUAUACCUGCUCUGUACACACCGCACGAGGCGGCGGACGGCGCGGCCGAGCCCGCUGCGGACUGCGGCGUCAAGUGCGAGAAGGACGCGCCCGAGCCCGAGCGCGAGCACGAGCCCAGGUACCUAUACCUGCUCUGUACACACCGCACGAGGCGGCGGACGGCGCGGCCGAGCCCGCUGCGGACUGCGGCGACUGCGGCGUCAAGUGCGAGAAGGACGCGCCCGAGCCCGAGCGCGAGCACGAGCCCAGGUACCUAUACCUGCUCUGUACACACCGCACGAGGCGGCGGACGGCGCGGCCGAGCCCGCUGCGGACUGCGGCGUCAAGUGCGAGAAGGACGCGCCCGAGCCCGAGCGCGAGCACGAGCCCAGGUACCUAUACCUGCUCUGUACACACCGCACGAGGCGGCGGACGGCGCGGCCGAGCCCGCUGCGGACUGCGGCGUCAAGUGCGAGAAGGACGCGCCCGAGCCCGAGCGCGAGCACGAGCCCAGGUACCUAUACCUGCUCUGUACACACCGCACGAGGCGGCGGACGGCGCGGCCGAGCCCGCUGCGGACUGCGGCGACUGCGGCGUCAAGUGCGAGAAGGACGCGCCCGAGCCCGAGCGCGAGCACGAGCCCAGGUACCUAUACCUGCUCUGUACACACCGCACGAGGCGGCGGACGGCGCGGCCGAGCCCGCUGCGGACUGCGGCGACUGCGGCGUCAAGUGCGAGAAGGACGCGCCCGAGCCCGAGCGCGAGCACGAGCCCAGGUACCUAUACCUGCUCUGUACACACCGCACGAGGCGGCGGACGGCGCGGCCGAGCCCGCUGCGGACUGCGGCGACUGCGGCGUCAAGUGCGAGAAGGACGCGCCCGAGCCCGAGCGCGAGCACGAGCCCAGGUACCUAUACCUGCUCUAUACACACCGCACGAGGCGGCGGACGGCGCGGCCGAGCCCGCUGCGGACUGCGGCGACUGCGGCGUCAAGUGCGAGAAGGACGCGCCCGAGCCCGCGCGCGAGCACGAGCCCAGGUACCUAUACCUGCUCUGUACACACCGCACGAGGCGGCGGACGGCGCGGCCGAGCCCGCUGCGGACUGCGGCGACUGCGGCGUCAAGUGCGAGAAGGACGCGCCCGAGCCCGAGCGCGAGCACGAGCCCAGGUACCUAUACCUGCUCUGUACACACCGCACGAGGCGGCGGACGGCGCGGCCGAGCCCGCUGCGGACUGCGGCGACUGCGGCGUCAAGUGCGAGAAGGACGCGCCCGAGCCCGAGCGCGAGCACGAGCCCAGGUACCUAUACCUGCUCUGUACACACCGCACGAGGCGGCGGACGGCGCGGCCGAGCCCGCUGCGGACUGCGGCGCCUGCGGCGUCAAGUGCGAGAAGGACGCGCCCGAGCCCGAGCGCGAGCACGAGCCCAGGUACCUAUACCUGCUCUGUACACACCGCACGAGGCGGCGGACGGCGCGGCCGAGCCCGCUGCGGACUGCGGCGACUGCGGCGUCAAGUGCGAGAAGGACGCGCCCGAGCCCGAGCGCGAGCACGAGCCCAGGUACCUAUACCUGCUCUGUACACACCGCACGAGGCGGCGGACGGCGCGGCCGAGCCCGCUGCGGACUGCGGCGACUGCGGCGUCAAGUGCGAGAAGGGCGCGGCCGAGCCCGCUGCGGACUGCGGCGACUGCGGCGUCAAGUGCGAGAAGGACGCGCCCGAGCCCGAGCGCGAGCACGAGCCCAGGUACCUAUACCUGCUCUGUACACACCGCACGAGGCGGCGGACGGCGCGGCCGAGCCCGCUGCAGACUGCGGCGACUGCGGCGUCAAGUGCGAGAAGGACGCGCCCGAGCCCGAGCGCGAGCACGAGCCCAGGUACCUAUACCUGCUCUGUACACACCGCACGAGGCGGCGGACGGCGCGGCCGAGCCCGCUGCGGACUGCGGCGACUGCGGCGUCAAGUGCGAGAAGGACGCGCCCGAGCCCGAGCGCGAGCACGAGCCCAGACCUGCGGCGAAUACGAGUCCAGUAGAAAGCGCUGUAGCACAAAACCCUCAAGCUAACGCAACUGUGAUGCAAAUUACCAGCCAACAAGUCCGGGCGGCGGGCGGCGUGGCGCUGGAGGCGGCGGGCGCCACGUUCGCGCACCCCGUCUCCGUCACCUACUAGCCGCGCCGCGCCAGGG